GAGAAAAAUCAUAUAAAUAUCAGUUGGAAAACUUGGAAAUUCACCAAUCGCUCUAGACCCUUGCAGAACAUGGCCACUACAACACUUGUCGUACUUCUUGUUGCAUCCUUUUGCCUUUUAGGUGAAUCCGCACCUGUUAACCCUGGUCAGGUUAAAAGCUACGUAUAUGCAUCAAGGGGUCGUACUUCAGGCUUCCUCAACAGCGCCUUGAAACAGGCACUUCACAAACAGAUGGUCGUAUCUGACGAGGAACAGAAGAAAUGUGUUGCCAAAACAGGAGCUUAUGGCGUAGUAGUUGGACAGAAGAGGCUGACUGAAGUUACAGACCAACUGUUGGGUGAAUACCAAAUGGUUGAUUCCACCGUUGACUUUGUCGAAGUACAACAGAAUGUCGAUGCCGCCUUCAAGCAAGUAUCCAAUGAAGUCCUUCAAGCCACAUUAGUUGAAAUGAAUAAAUGUUAAAAAACAAUCCUUAUGGAAAAAACAUCAAAACAAACAACUAACUGAGAUAAAUAAAAUUUAAAAAAAAA